AGAUUUUCAGUCUCGGAUGGCAGCCAUUUUUGCCGCAAGCUGCAAUGUUUAUGUCUCCACUUUUUGUCUUUUAGCAGCUUAUGCAGUCACUGGUUGUGCAAAAUGUGAAGUACAGCUGACAGGAAUAAGUCCGGUAGGUAAAUCGGAUGGCAAAUCGUCCAUCGAGGAUGGUGUAGUCUCGAUAACAGCCGACACUUUAGUGUUGCUUAGAUUCUACGGUGUGGGGUUUUCGCGCGAUACUCGUAUUGCAUUCACAACGACCGCGGGAAAAUUUAAGGCCAAGUGCGACGCUGAUAGAACGAAGCCCAUAUCGUUUAAAAAGGAUGGAUUGCAGGAAUAUAAAGGAGAAGCAGAAGUUAAUUUGCCAUCGACGAGUGAUGAACAAGCGUACUAUGUCUGCUUGCAGUUCAGCAAUGGCAGCGAGUGGUUGCACCAAGGUGGUACAACAGACUCUCUUCUUCAGAUUAAAAUUACCAGAAAGAGCAGCGGUUUGCCUCUUUGGCUGCAAAUAGUAUUCAUCGUAGUUCUGAUGACCCUGUCAGGCCUAUUUUCAGGUCUUAAUCUGGGGCUAAUGGCGCUUGAUAAAACAGAGCUUAAAAUUGUCAGGAACUGCGGCAAUCCCAGCGAGCAAGAAUACGCGAAGAGUAUCGAACCACUACGCAGACACGGUAAUUAUCUGCUAUGUACGUUGCUUCUGGGCAAUGUUUUGGUGAAUACUUCGUUCACAGUGCUUUUAGACGGAAUAAUCGGCGAUGGAAUCGCCGCGGUCCUUGGUUCCACUGCUGGUAUUGUGAUAUUUGGAGAGAUUAUACCCCAGAGUAUUUGUUCCAGACAUGGCUUAGCUGUUGGAGCUCACACCAGAUGGAUCACAUGGUUUUUCAUGGUUGUAACAUUUCCAGUGUCAUUCCCAAUUAGCAGGAUCUUGGAUUGGAUACUAGGUGCCGAGAUCGGCACAGUUUACAACAAGAAACAGCUGCAGGAGAUGUUGAGAGUAACAGCUGAGUUCAAUGAUUUAGAGGGAGAUGAAAUGAAUAUUAUUUCAGGGGUGUUGAACUACAAGAGCAAAACAGUUGAAGAGGUCAUGACCAAGUUGGAGGAUUGCUAUCUCCUGGAUGUGUCAUCUAUUCUUGAUUUUAGAACUAUUGCGCAUAUUAUGCAAUCAGGGCAUAGUCGCAUACCAGUGUAUGAUGGAGAGCGGCAUAAUAUCGUGGGUCUACUCCUGGUGAAGGAUUUGGCUUUUAUUGAUUCUGAUGACUGUACCCCUCUGCGCACAGUUAUUAAGUUUUACAAUCAUCAGGUGCAACGUGUUUUCAAUGAUAACCAUCUAGAUGAAAUGCUUGAAGAGUUUAAAAAAGGUCAUUCGCACCUGGCAGUCGUCCAGCGCGUCAAUAAUGAGGGUAGUGGAGACCCCUUCUAUGAAGCUAUUGGUAUUGUCACUCUGGAGGACAUCUUAGAAGAAAUUAUCCAGUCAGAAAUUGUCGAUGAGACAGACAUCUAUUUGGACAACAAGUCUGGACAAGUCAUACCUGGUCGCAAGGGACUAAUGAAAGACCUGACGUUAUUUUCUGAAGAGCAAGACAAGCCAAAGAUUUCCCCCCAGAUGCAGCUCGCAAUACUACAGUAUCUUGCAACAGCUGUCGAUGCAUUCAGUGAAGAUGUUAUUUCCCUCAGCAUCCUAAAGCGAUUGAUCAACAAGCCUCAUGUUAUCCAAGAGAUCAAACUUCAAGAUGAAGGUGAUAUAAACCACAAAUACUUGUACAAGAAGGGCGUUGUAGGAGAAUUCUUCACACUAAUCAUUCGAGGCAAAGUGGAAGUUAUAAUCGGGCAAGAAGAGCUCACCUUCGAAGAAGGUCCUUUCGCAUUCUUUGGAGCAAAAGCACUGGUGUCGUCGUUGAGCAUGAGUAACCCGAAUGUGAGAGCAGUGGGUCAGUAUAUCCCAGACUACUCUGUGCGUGUCGUUGCAGAUGUCAUGUUCUUGAAAAUUCCCAAGGAAAUGUACAAGCAGGCAGUGAGCACCAGUUUAAUGGAGCGACAGCAAAGAAGAGAUGGAACUGAUGGAGCUCCCCUGCAGAUGCAACACAUUAACUUUCAAGAUAUUGGUGGAAUGAACCGUGUUGGUGAAUCCUGGGUGCGGCCCAAUCAUCUUUAUGUGGAAACGUCUUGUUAGCUGAUUGCUGACCGAAUUUGAAUUUGUUUUUCCUUCACUGAAAGACAGAUUCAGUUUGCUUGGGUCAGAAUUUGAAUAAUAGCAGAUUGAAGUAUUUCAUCAAAUUUCUUGAGCUUCUAUGGACAUUUACCUUGUGGAAAAAAGAACUUGUAAUUUUGCUCUUACAAUCUGAUGUAAAUGAUUCAUUGAGAAAAUUUAGAGAAUAAUGUAAAUACCAAUCAGGAAUGAGUUAUUUACAGUUUCAUUUGUCAAAAUGCAGGAAUUUUCCCAAAUCGCAGGAUUAGGGUCUUGAUUGGUUUUAUUUAAAAGACAUUUCUUACACUGUUAUUCAAGGUGAAUAACUUUUCACAGCUAUUCAUUACAAAUCCAAAUUAUGCUUCAAAUAUCAGCGAGGAACAUUUCCUUUUUGUUAAAGUUGUGCUGCUGUUGAGGAAAUAGUGUUGAAUUUAAUUUUGAAUUUAAAAUUGUUUAUUCCAAAUUGAUAUUUCUUUCCCCUUUUCAGUCUGUUGGUGGAAGUGAAAUAUAAUCUGUUAAUUAAAUAAUGUCAGCUUCAACUUGACCAGUUCAAUGUUAUAUACAAUAAUCUAUCAGUAAUAAAAACAUAAGAGUAGUGACAUGUUUGACCAGACAUUCUGCUGUGUUGAAAAUAGGAGAAGAGCACAUUAAGAGUAUUUGAUAGAUAGUUUGUGAUCCAAGCUCUUGUUGAGUGACUAUCAGUUUUUCAGUUAUAAUAAAAUGACUUCAAAUUCAGA